AGACAAUCGAGGAAAGGGAGGAUGGAAAUGUCCUGCCCGAUCUAACAGUAACAGUACUGGAAAACAGCGGAGCAUUCCACAGUUAUUCAUCGGUUGACCGAGUGAUCUGUCGCAAGUUCAGGAAGAUUCAGCUUAUUUCUUUCAACGUAUACCCUAGUUGUUGAGCAACCUUCUUUGACCGCAGUGACUUCCAACUUCAACCGGCAUCUCAUCGAAAACUAGACAACACUGCGACAUCAAGAUGCACAGCAAACCGGUAAAGAUGGAAGAGUCGUCGGGUUCAGCAAAGAUGGAACGGUCGUCGGGUUCGGCAAAACCCCCGAUAGCAGUUGUUGGCAUUGGAUGCCGCAUGCCUGGAGGUGUCAACUCCCCAGAAGCAUUCUGGGAUGCCUUGGUACGGGGUGACGACAUGAUUAGUGAGGUACCUCCAGAUAGAUGGUCCUUGGAAACCUUCCAUGAUCCUGACCAGUCCAACCAUAGUAAGAUGGUGACUAAGCGAUGUGGCUUCAUCCAUGGCAUAGACAAGUUUGACAACACCUUCUUCAAGAUUUCACCUCGUGAGGCUAGCUCUAUGGACCCCCAGCAGCGCCACAUCCUUGAGGUUACCUACGAAGCCUUUGAGGAUGCAGGCAUCAUCCCAAGCACCUUGAGAGAAUCUUGCGGUGUCUACAUCGGUGUUGGCAUGAUGGAUUACCCAAUUAUGCUGAUGGAGACAUCACUCAUCAACCCCUACACUCACACCGGUAUUGCACAUUCUGCCGUCGCCAAUCGCAUCUCCUACGCCUUCGACCUCCGCGGCCCCUCCUAUGCUGUAGACACCGCCUGUGCCUCGUCUAUGACAGCUAUGCACAGUGCCUGCAAUGCUAUCUGGGACGGCGAGUGUACAACUGCUGUUGCUGGAGGUUGCAACAGUCUACUCAUCCCUGAGUUUACGGUUGGUUUCAGUGCUCUGGGCGUUCUGUCACCUGAAGGAAAGUGUUGUCCAUUCUCUGACACGGCCAAGGGCUACGUAAGAAGCGAAGGAUGGGGCGUCUUCAUCCUAAAACCACUUCACAUGGCACUGGCAGACAACGACCAUAUCUAUUCCGUCAUCCGAGGAAGUGCCAUCGCAGCAAAUGGUUUCAGCAAGAGUCUCACUAUGCCCUCAGCUCCCGCCCAAGAGAUGGUGAUGAAGAAUGCAUAUGCACGCUCAGGAGUUCCACUAUCUUCUGUUCAGUACGUGGAGGCUCACGGGACUGGGACUCCUGUAGGCGAUCCCAUCGAAGCAGGUGCUAUCGGGCGUACCUUUGGCCAACUCAAGGAUACCCCAGUCAAAAUAGGAUCUGUGAAGAGCAACUUCGGGCACAGCGAGUGUGCUGCUGGGAUCACAGCUGCCAUUAAAGUGGCUCUCAUGUUGGAGAAGAAUAUGCUGGUUCCUACCAUCAACUUUUCCAAUGCCAACCCUAAUAUUGACCUUCAAGAACUCAACCUCGAAGUCCAGACAAAACUGGAGCAAUUGGACACCAACCCUGGUGACACAGAUGACACCUACACAGUUGGCCUAAAUAGCUUUGGCUUCGCCGGCGCAGUUGCUCACAUGAUCUUCCAGAAGAGGCCGAAAACAGACAAAAGCACCGUGCAGACGGCAUCGGCUGGCUGGAAGUUGGGUGGCGAUAGUGUUGGACGCCCAAUAAUCCUGCCGCUGUCUGCAAAAUCUGGAGAGGCUCUGAACGAUCUUGCCAAGAAGUGGUUGGAGUUCAACUGCGACAGUGAUGCCCUAAGCAUGACUUCAUGGCAGGCAACUCGGAGGGACCAUCAUACGUACCGAAUGACAGUAAUUGCUGACUCUACAGCCUCCUUUAGAGAGAGCAUCGGGGGAUUUCUGGAAGGGUCUGGAUCGGAAGCUGUUGUGACUGGCACAGCUCCCCAGGUUAAGCCAACGGUCUGCUUCGUUUUCCCUGGCCAAGGGCAGCAGUGGGAGGACAUGGGCCGCAAACUCUACAGAGAUGAGAUGGUUUUCAGGGACACCAUUAAUACUUGUGAUCAGAUCUUCAAAAAGAUGUCUGGAUGGUCCUUGCUUGAUAACUGUGGCUUAUUCAACAGCCAUCCAAUCAAUCCAGACAUCUCUUCCUAUACAUCUGUAAACAAUGCACUCGGUCAAGUACAAGUCAUUCAGCCUGCCAUCAUGUUCAUCCAGGUCGCACUCUAUCAUCUAUGGAGGCACUGGGGAGUGCAUCCUGACGUUGUUGUGGGACACAGCCUUGGUGAGAUCUCUGCAGCCUAUGCAAGUGGUGGCCUGACGCUAGAGGAAGCCGUGGCUGUCAUCUAUCACCGAAGCCACGAACAAGCAAAGCAAGAGGGAACAGGUAGAAUGGCUGCACUGCGAGCCACCAAAGAACAGGCAGAGAAGAUCUGUCGGGAGUACCAGAAUCUCUACAUAGCAGCAGUUAAUGCACCUGGUGCAAUCACUUUAGCUGGCAACAGAGAUGUCAUAGCUGCUGUGGUUGAGCAAAAUCCUGGAAAGGCCAAGCAGCUCCGGGUGACUUGUGCUUUUCACACUCCGGAGAUGGAUCCAAUCAAGGAGCCAUUUUCCAAAGCCAUGGAAGGUGUUGUCAAGAGUGAACCUGGAAAGAGAGAUGUACCCUACUACUCCACCGUGACUGGCGAAUACUACGACGGCAGUUUUGGCACUGACUACUGGUGGAGCAACAUCCGAGGUGCAGUACUCUUUCAGCCUGCAAUUGAAGCUGUUCUGCAGGAGAUAAAGGCAGAUGUCUUCCUUGAGGUUGCUGCCUCAAAUACACUGUUGUCCUCGGUAAAACAGAUUGCCCGUGGCUUGGAUCCCAAACACCCACCUGUCACUGUCAACUCGAGCCUGCGAGACAAAGAUGAUCUGCAGAGUAUCCAAAGAGCAGCUGGAACCCUCUAUACAAAUGGAGUUCCUCUAAACUGGGCAACAAUCACUCAUGAAUCAGCUGAGUGGGCACCGCUUCCAACGUAUCCAUGGCAGCACCAGUCUUUCUGGUUGGAGACAGAGGAGAGACAGAAGCGUCGCCUUGGUUUGGAUGAUCGUACCUUCAAAGGACAGAGUGGUAACCUCUCCCUAGAGAUGUUCCCCUUCUUGGCUGAUCAUGUUGUGGGUGAGAGAAUCGUAUUCCCUGGAGCUGGCUACAUUGAGUACAUGACACAGAUGAGUUUUGUGGAAACUGAAAAGCCGGCUCUAAAGAACAUGAACUUCACACGUGUCCUGCCAUGGCCUGAAGACUCAGACUCCAAGAAGUGCACCCUGAAACUUGGGCUCGUGAAAGAUGGGGCAGCAAUGCAGGUUACCUGUGAUGGAAAUCUACACAGCAACGCUCAGAUUGUUGUCUCCAGCAAAACAGAUGUGGAAGAGUGUCUUCCUCUUGCGGAAAUUAAAGAGAGGUGCUCUACUGAAGUCAUUGGUGAGGAGUUUUAUUCUAGGCUCCAAGACGUAGGUCUCAGCUACGGACCUGCUUUCCAGAUGGUGGAGAAGAUGUUCCUAGGUGAUGGCGAGGCGCUUGCUGUUCUGCAUGCAGUUCCUAACAACAAGCAGAGAGUUCAAGUGGCUCAUCUGGAUGCAACUUUCCAACUGGCUUUGUCUGCUGUGGGUUCAAAAAGUGCAAUGUACCUUCCAGUGCACAUAGAUUACUUCGAGUUAUCCAAAGAGGCUAUUCCAUCAGGACAACCCAUUAUCGCCUACACCAGAAUUAUCGACUGUGACAGUAUGAUCCUCACAGCAGAUAUCACCAUGGCUUCUGAACAAGGCAACAUCUUGGCAACUUUGAAGGGCUUCCGGGCGCAGAACUUCAAUGGCAACCAGUCAGACGUACCUAUCGAAUCAUGCAUCUACACUACACACUGGCAACCAGCAACGGCCAAGUCACUGCCAACAUCAGUUCUGAACGACGUAUUUGAUGAAGGCAAUCUGCGUGAGCAAUAUGGGGAUGAGAUGGACGCUCUUGCUCGAACAGAAGAGGUAAUUGAUGACAUUGAGGGGGUGUGUGUGUCGUACAUCCGAAAUGCCCUGAACACAGUUCCACCUGCCGAAAGGGCACAGGGUAAGAGCUACACUAAGUACAUCAACCGAUUCCAAGCCAUCGCUGAAAAUGCUACUAGCAAAAUAAUCGACUACAAAGAUAUUCCGGCAGUGUUGGAAAAGAUCAUCGGACAUGUUCCUGAGUUAGACUCAGAGGUUAGCCUAAUUAAGAGUCUUGGUGGGGCUUUGCCUGACACUCUUCGUGACCCACAGGUUGCAGUUCCUCUCAUGUUUUGUGCUGAAGGACUGGACCGGUACUUCUAUGAUUCACUCAGCACACGAAUCUACUACAAAGCUGGAGCUGAAGCAGUUGUCAGGGCUGUCCAAGAAGCUGCUAAGCACAAGAAGGUUGUCCGAGUUCUGGAACUUGGAGCUAGGAUUGGAGGUUUGACUCGCUUCAUCGUUGAUCCACUGAAGGAUUUGGGGACUGAGAAAAAGAUGGAGUAUGUAUUCACCGAUGUGAGUGCCACCUUCUUCCAGCAAGCUCAGGGGAAUCUCCAAGAAUUCCCGUUCGUCCAGUACAAACAGCUAGAUAUUGAGAAAGAUAUCAGAGACCAAGGGUUUGUUCCUGGCAGUUUUGAUGUUGUAUUCUGCCUGGACACCCUACAUGCAGCGGUUGAUGUUCAGCGAAGCACGGCUUUCAUGACUGACCUACUCAGUGCUGAUGGGCUUAUUUUCAUCAUGGAGGGAACCAACACACACUACCUGACUGAACUUUGGUUUGGGGCCCUGGAUGUAUGUUGGGUGUUUGAUGACUUCCGAAAGGAGCGUUGCUGGCUGCAUCACCAGGGCUGGUUAGACACCAUGGACAAGGUUGGCUUGAAAGAUAUCUCAUCGGCGUCCUCACCAAACGAGUUUCUCCACUCUGUGUUUGUUGGAAGAAAGCCUUCAAUUUCAGAACGGGUUCAAAGAAGAAUAAUCCAGCAAGAAAAGCUCUUCAUAGUACGAGAUGGCAACAACAUGUUCUCGUCCGAGUUCCUUCCUCACUACCACGGUGAGGUCAUGAUUAGCAAUUUCUCUGAGGCUAAGUCUCUUGAUCGAGUGUUCAGUGAGCAUACUGAUCCACCAAUAGAGUUGAUGUACAUCUACAGUGAAGAAGACUCCAAGCUUUACGCCAUGUUGAAAAUUUUCCAGGCAGUUGAGUCAUACCCAGAGGUUGUCAAGCGGAUGUGGGUUGUGACAAGGGGAGGAAACAUGGAUUCAUCUCUUCCGAAUGGUUCUCUGGCUGUUGGCUUGACCCGGGCUGUCAGCAAUCAGAUUCCAGGUGUGCCUAUUUUCUCAGUAGACUUUGACCCCCAAAACUCUCUUGGAGAAAAUGUCCAUGAAAUGAUCAAGCUGAUGAAUGACCACGAUCUUGGUGAGCGAGAGCUUGUGAUCCGAGGGAGAGAGAGGUUCGUUCCCCGGGUAAUGCAUCAAGACUUGAACACUAAAAACAAGAUCCAGUCUGUGGAGUGGCGUGUGGAGCAGGAUUUAAGAAGUCAAGUAGGUAAAGGGGCUUCCGUUGAUGAUCUUGCCUUUCACGAUGUCCGUGAUUUUGAAGUCACACCAGGCCAUGUCAAGAUUAGAGUCAAGGCCGCUCCUCUCAAUUUCAAAGAUGUCAUGAUGGCACUUGGUCUUCUCGAGGGUUUGGAGAGUGAGACACACCCAUCCUUUGGUCUUGAGUGUGCUGGAGUAGUCGAAGAAGUUGCAUCGGGAGUACAUGGCUUGAAAAUUGAUGAUGAGGUAAUUGCAUUCGGGAAAAGCUGCUUUGGUCGCCAUGCCAUCUGUGAUGGAAGGUUGACUGUCUUGAAACCAGAAAAUCUCAGCUUCGUAGACAGCUCUAGUAUUGGUGUGGUUUUUGUGACUGCGUACCUCUGCCUGGUGGAACGAGCUAAUCUGCAAAAGGAUGAAACUGUCUUGAUUCACUCAGCUUGUGGGGGAGUCGGUCUUGCGGCCAUUCAGAUUGCACAAAUGAUUGGAGCCAAGAUCAUAUGCACUGCAGGUACACAGGAGAAGAGGAACUAUCUACAGAAGCAGCUUGGCAUUGAGAUGGUCAGCGACUCCAGAUCUUCCCGUUUCUAUGAUGACAUCAUGGAGUGGACCAAUGGUAAGGGAGUAGAUGUGGUCUUGAACUCGUUGUCGGGUAAACUGCUUCACACAGGAAUAUCCCUUCUGGGUCCAGGAGGACGAUUUUGUGAGAUCGGCAAGAGGGACAUCCUGCAGAGCUCUAGUCUAAGUAUGGGGUUCUUUCUGGAGAACAAGGUCUUCAAUUCCUGCCAAGUAGAUGUCUUGAUGAAGCAAAGUCCAGUAGUAGUGAAGAAAAUAAUGCAGAAGGUCGUUAGUCUGUUUGAAAAUGAGAAGCUGAAGCCUAUUCCAGUUACAGUCCAUCCUAUCAAGGAACUAAAAGAAACAUUCCGAAUGAUGUCUAAGGGUGCGCACAUCGGUAAGAUGGUCUUUGAAGUGGCAGAAGAUUUCCAACCAAAGGAGCUACAGCCAUCAUUGAACCAGUUCAGAUCUAAUGCUGCCUACAUAAUCACUGGUGGGUUCGGUGGCAUCGGACAGGCUCUCUCCAGAUGGCUAUGCCAGAAUGGUGCCAAACACAUGGUGCUCAUCUCACGAAGAGGAGCUCAGACAGCAGCUGCCAAGAGAACAGUGAACUACCUGAAACGCAACAAGGUUAACCUCUACGAGUUUUCACUUGACAUAUCCAACAAAAACAGCGUAGCAGCGAUGUUGGACAAGCUUCGAGAUGACAAGCAAGUCCCUCCACUCAGAGGCAUCUUCCACCUAGCAGGAGUCAUCGAGGAGGAAGAUCUAUCGGAGAUAACAUUUGAUCAGAUGGCACGAAUCCUUGGUGCCAAAGCAACAGGGGCUAGAAUCCUCCAUGAGCUGACACAGGAUGACAAACUGGACAUCUUCUUCAUGCUGUCUUCAAUCUCCACAACCUGGGGUCAUCAAGCACAGCCUGUCUACUGCGCCGCUAAUGCAUACCUUGACGCUUUGGCUGAGAAGCGACAAAGAAGCGGACUACCUGCAUUGUCGGUUCAAUUAGCUCCCAUUAAAGGAGCUGGGUACUUGGAGGACAAGGAGGAGACUGUCAAGGUUCUAGCCAUGAAGGGGAAGCACCAGCUGUACGUGGAUGAGUUCCUUGGCGUAUUGGGUCAGCUGCUGCCACGGAAGGAUCUGCCAUGCGUCUGCCUAGCAAACCAGGACUGGGGAGCCACACAACAAUUCUGCUACAAACACAUGCUGAAAUUCCACCACCUAGCAGCCCACAACUCCAAGUCCUCAAGUGGAGAGGCUUGUUGCCUUGACUCUGCCGACUUGGAAGCCAGCGUCAAAUCCAAGAUGGCUGAACUUCUGUGCAUGCAGGAGGAAUCCAUUGACGUCAGCCAGCCCAUGGUAAACUACGGCGUGGACUCACUGGUUGCCCUGGAGAUGGUGAACUGGGCGACCAACCAGCUGGGAGUGACCAUCUCUCAGCUGGAUAUCUUAGGAGGCAUAACUACAGCCGCUUUGCUGGAAAAGGCCGUGGAAGCAAACUAAACUGUGUCAAUUAGGG